AUGGCCCAGCGAAUGCUUCUAACGCGCUUCAACGUGCCGACAACGGUGCCUGAGGGGUUGACUAAGGAAAAACUGGACAACUUCAAGCCGUUCAACGCAUGGGUUGAGAAUCUUCAGUGCUCUGUCGCCGGUCAGACACAUGCAUCGCAUCCGUUCCACAAGAACCCAUACCACCUGCGCUCGGUCACGAUCCAGUCAUUCGACAUUUUCGGUGGUGGCCGGUUGGGCUUUGUGAAGCUGACGGCCGACGUGUCAAACGAUGCGGGCGAGUCCCUGCCAGCGGCCGCUCUGUUGCGAGGUCCAAGCGUCGCGAUGCUGGUGAUGCUCAUCCCUGACGACAUUGCGCCAGACUCGGAUGAGCGCUACGUCGUGUUGACUGUGCAGCCUCGCGUGCCGGUCGGCAGCUUGGCUUUCGUUGAGCUGCCUGCCGGUAUGGUCGAUGACGCAGGGAGCUUCAAAGGCGCCGCUGCGAAAGAGAUUGAAGAAGAACUUGGUCUAGUCAUUAAGGAGGACCAACUAACCUGCCUCAGCGAUCUGGCAGCGCCCGCAGAGGACGACAAGCUUCCGCGCGCCAUGUUUCCCAGUGCGGGUGGCUGCGAUGAGCACGUCACAAUCUACAGUCACGAGCGGCGCAUCCCGAGAGAGCAGCUGAAGGAACGGAGCGGGCGGCUGACUGGCUUACGAUCAGAAGGAGAGAAGAUCACGCUCAAGGUGGUGCCGAUGAAAGAUCUUUGGAAAGAAGGGGCACGCGAUGCCAAGGCGUUGGCGGCCCUGGCGCUGUGGGAAGCUGCGCGUCGCGAGAAGUUGAUUUGA